AUGAAUUCAAGCUCAGAUUUAGUUCAAAUGUUGAAAGAUCUUCAAAUUUAUAAUUCAGUUGAAAACAAUUUCAGUCCUGAUCAUAGCUAAUUAGUUAUGAUAUAUGAAAAAGUAAUUGAAUUAAAUCUUAUAAGAGUUUUGUGAUAUAAUAAAUUUUGAUGAUAAUUUUACUCUAGAAAAUUAAACACUCUAAUUAUUUUAUCGUUGUAAGUUGAUGUUUAAAACAGUUGGAGUGAUUGAUUUUUAGAUGGUAGAUUUAACAGAUCCUGAUUAAAAAAGAAUGAAACACAAUCUUACAUAAUUAUGCAAGUAUUGCAUAUGGAAAAAAGAGCAAUCUUAAAAAUGGGAAAAGAAAGACAAAGAAAUAGUAAUUAUAUUUUUAUAACAAUAAUUUAGAUAUAACUUGAAGAUGUUGAUUUACAAUAGGCUCGAAAAUAAAAAAGUGAAUUAGAAGACUUAAUAUAAAUGAAAUAUAAAGACAUGGAUUUGAAAAAGAAAAAAUUUGAGUAAUAUAAAUAAAUGAAACAUAAGGCUGAAUCUGAACUAUUAGCUAAAAGAAAUUAAAAUUUAAAAUUAUAAAAUUCUAUUUCAUAAAAUUAAAAUGAAUUGAAAGAUGCAGAAAAAAAGUAGAAGAAUUUAAUUGAAAAAUUGUAAGUAGCCUAAAAUGAAUUAUCUAUUUUGGAAGGGUAACUAUAUAUCAUAAUUGUAAUAGUAUGAUAGUUAAAGAUCCAAGAAAUUUAGAGAAAAAGGUAAAUGAUAGUUAAAGAAGAGUUGAAAGUCUUCAAAUUGAAGUAGAUAAAUGUUAAAAAGAAUUAUAAAGUGAAACUUUUAAGAUUGGAAAGAUUUAUAAAUAAUUAUACUAUGAUUACGAUAAUUUUUUAAGAUUAUUUGAAUAAGUAAAGGAUGCAGAAAAUGCUUUAAUUCAGGAAGAUAAUAAUUUUGAAAAAUUUAAUGAUUAAAUAUUUACUGUAACAAAUAAAAUUCUUUAAGAAAAUUUAGCUUUGUAAAAAUUGCAGUAAAAUAAAGAGUAGCUAUAAUAAUAGAAAGUAGUUGAAUCUGAAAAAAACAAUACAUCAAACUAAUAUAGUUUACAAUCUUUAAUAGAUUUACAAAAUAAAUUGUAAGAAUUAUAGGCAGAUGUAAAAAAAGAAUAAUAAGAAUAUUUAUAAAUACAAUUGAAGAAAUAAGACUAAUAGAAGAUUACGUUAGAAAAUGAUGAAAUAAAAUCAUCAAUUGAAGCUAAUUUAAAAUAAGUAGUGACUUAAUAGAAUAAAGAAAUUGAAUAAUAUACAAAAAACAUUGAAAUCUUAUUAAAUAAAAUAGAAUUUGAAUGA